AUGCGGUCGCCAGAGAUGUCCCAUAGUCCCGCCUACUAUCAGGAACAGGGUCCUUUUGGAACACAUCGCUCGAUCGUCACUCCCCCGCCGGCCGCUCGUCGAUCUCAAGAACAAUCUCCCAUCCCGGGCCACCCCGUCGGAUCUCGACCUUCAUCUCUCGCAAGCGACGCGAGUCCCCGCACAUCUGCCUCCCGGGGCUAUCGUGUCUACCACCAGACGCAAGGAGGAUCUUCCUGGCCGGCGUCCGAGUCUCGAGAUAACGACUCGUUCCCAGCAGGCUCGACCUUGGGCGCACACAAGGAAGAGCGGGUCCGGAGUAGCAUCACGGAUCGACCGUCAUUAAUGUCGGGAGAACAUUCCAACCCCAGCAUCACCCGGGUGAGAAAGCGAGGCAUUCCAAGUGACGACAUCGUAACACACGAGGGCCAUGAUGCUCUAUUGAUGUUGUUCCGCCUCACCAUUGUUCCAAUAUACUCCUUCGGCGCAUGCUUCUAUGCUAUAUUCGCCUUCCUAUUUGCCCUCCUUAUCUCACCUUUCCGCCUCUGUGCAUUCUCUCAAUACCUCCGCUCUACAACCUUUGUCUCUCAACUAUGCGACCUCCUCUCUCCAUCUCUCCACAUCCACGAAAGACUAGUCUGCAUCCGGCCUCCAUCUAUCGAGGACCGAUCGUCAUCGACCCAGUGGAUUCGCUCUGACCCGGAAUCCGACCAACCAUCCGUCCUCUCGGAACCGAGCGAGGUCUACAGCAUCGGAAAAUCGAUGGCUGUCUUGGUUUUAUCGCCAUUCUUCAGUCUUGCAAUCCUUCUCCUAGCCUGGAUCGCAGCAUUCUUCUGGGUUUUCUCCAUGAUCCUGGGCAAUCCAGACGGCACCGAACGCAAAGACGAUGGCCGCACAGCUGUCCUUGGCGUUUGCAAAUGGUGGCGAACCUGGCUUUGCAAAGCCCGCAAGUCAUGA